AUGUCUCGAUGGUCAUCAAGUUCAAAGGGAUUUGGAAAAGAAGAGGAAGAAAAAUCUAAAACACUUGGUCUAAUGUGGUUGCCUCAAUCUGACCAAUUAUCUUAUGACAUCAAUAUUGUUAAAAUAUCUCGAGUAAAUAAACGUGCUAUCUUAUCAGAAAUCUCUAGAAUUUUUGAUCCUUUGGGUCUACUUAGUCCUUGUGUUGUAGUCACAAAAAUGAUCAUACAAGAGCUAUGGCUUCUGAAACUUUCUUGGGACGAAGCUAUUCCGUUACAAUUACAUACAAAAUGGAUUGAUUUUCGAUCAGAGUUACACACUUUAAAUGAAUUGAACAUAGAUCGUCACGUCAUUUGUAGAAAUCCCAUUAGAAUUGAAUUGCAUGGGUUUUCAGAUGCCAGUGAAAGAGCUUAUGGGGGAUGUAUCUAUUUACGCUCAGUAGAUGGUUAUGGCAAUGUGUAUGUUCGUUUAUUGUAUGCAAAGGCAAAGGUCAGCCCUGUGAAACCAACCACAAUUCCCAGACUUGAAUUAUGUGGGGCACUAAUAUUGUCAAGGUUAUAUCAAAAGGUUGUCCAGUCUUUAAAUGUAAGAUUCGAUCAUUGUCAAUUUUGGUCAGACUCAACUAUUGUUCUCGCUUGGCUUAAAAUUGAACCUUCUAAGCUCAAAACCUUUGUGUGCAACCGUGUUUCGGAGAUACAAACUAAUACACAUCCGUAUUCAUGGCGACACAUUUCCGGUUCUAACAAUCCUGCAGAUUUAUUGUCCAGAGGUACCAGUCCCUCCAAUUUAAAAAAUUCCUCAAUGUGGUGGCAAGGGCCUGAGUGGCUCCAGGAGCAAAAUUAUGAUAAAGAUUUUGUAUCUAAUGAAAGGUGUUUACAAGAUGAUAGUGAUCUGCCAGAUUUGAAGGUCAUUAAACAGUGCCUUAUUACGCGCAAAGGUGAAGAACCGUUUUCUUUUAAAAAUUAUUCAUGUUGGAAUAAACUACGGCGAGUGACUGCAUAUUGUUUGAGAUUUUGUACUAACUGCAAACUUAAAGCCAAUGAUCGCACAUACGGUUCUUUGACUACGAAGGAACUCAAUGCUUUAAUAUUAGUAAAAAGAGCUCAGCUUGAAUCAUUCCGGGAAGAUAUUAAUUCUAUAGAUGCUCAAGGUACAAUAAAGCAACGUAGUAAAUUAUUAAAACUUACACCUUUUUGCAUACUGAUAGAACCUUAA